AUGUUUGAGAAUGGUCUGCUGCGGGAUAUAGACACCUCGAGAGAUAUAACUAAACUUUUACAGAAACGUGCCAAAAGAUUAAGAGAAGAACGAGCUAAACAGGUACAAGAAGAAGCUCAAAGUGUUCAACAGGAAGAUAGUGAUCAAGAUGGUGAUAGUGACGAGGCUAGUGAUGAAGAUCAUGAUAACAAAAGGCAUAAGGGUGGUAAAGUAUAUGAAGAUAGUGAAUAUUUGAGAGGACUAAGAGACUUUGGUCCAGAAGAUACUUAUGAAAUUUGGUUACAAGAGAAACAUAUAAAUAAAAAUUUUGACAAAUUUCUAGAAAAACCUGUAAAGAAGAAGAAAUCUAAGAAAUCAGCUAAUGAAGAACUGUUCCAAUCAAAUAAUCAACAAUCUCAGAAUAACUCAGAUCAAGAAGAUCAAAAUGAAGAUCAAAAUGACAAUGAUGAUGAUGACGAUGGAAAUAAUUAUGAUGAUGAUGAUGAAAGUGGUUCUAAAAGUUCGAAAAUUGCCUUAUCAAAAGGCCGUUAUAAAAUUAAAAAACAAGGUCUUGAAAUAUUACCAUAUAUUGAUACAAUUGAAGAUGAUUUAGCUCGUGAUCGUGCAUCAUACAUCUUGGGAAUUAGAUUACCAUAUUCAAGAAAACAUACAUUUAUUCUAACAAAAUUAUUACAUUUAAAUAUUUUGAAAAGAAAUUGGGAUGUUGCAUAUAGAUGUUUCAGUAUAUUAAUAAGAGUACCAUUCAUUGGUAUAAGGUCUAUAUGGCCUUUAGGAAUUGAAGUAUUAACAAGAUUAUCAGAAGAAAAAUUUAAACAAACUCAACCUGAAAAUUCUAUUGAUUUUUAUCAAUUGAAAACAAUGAAAACUGGAAAUCUUUCAACAAGAUUAGGUCAAUUUAAAGAUGAACAAUUUUUAACUUGGUUACAAAAUUUUUAUCCACCAACUAGAUCUCAACAUCCAACUUUUAUGAAAACUCCACAACCUUUUAGAAUUUCAUCAAAAAUUACUGCACCAGUAUUUGUUUUAAAUUUAAUUUGGACUUUAAUUAUGAAACAAGAUUUCCAAAAAGUUAAUGAUAAAUUAUCUGAAAUGCUUUUACAACCACCAUAUAUUAAUGAUGGAACUUUUUUUUUCUUACAAGGAUUUUCUUAUCAAUUAGAAGCUUCUCAAUUAUGUCAUGAAACAAAAAUUGAUAAAUCUAAAAUUGAAAUUCUUAUUCAAAAUUGUAAAAAAUUUUAUAAAGAAGCUAAAGAAAAAAAUGCAACUUUCCCAGAAGAUUUAGUUAAUAAUGAAUUAAAUUUUAUUUUACGUAAAAUAAGUGAUGUUGAUAUGAAUUUAGGUGAUGAUGAAGAUGAAGAAGAAGAUGAUGAUAAAGAUGAAGAGGAGGAUGAAGAGGAAGAAGAAACAAAAGGUUCAAAAUCUAGCAAUAAAACAAGUUCAGAUCCAAUUGAUAAAUCAAUGAUGAGCUCUCCAUCAAAUGGUUCAACAUCAAAUGCUUUGAAUGGUAUUAAAACUGAACCAAAUAAUGAUUUUGAUAUAGAUAUGGAUAUUUCAGGAAAUAAUUUUGAAAAUGAUGAUGAUGAUGAUGAUGAUGAAUCAUUACAUAAAUUUAAUUCACCAUCGAAAAGCUUAAGCACAUCAUCUCCUUAA